ACUCCAGUCCGGGUUUUGUGGCUCCCCCGCCCCGAAGAGCAGCUUAACGUUAUCUCCUCUUUCUUUGUGUUUCAACCUCUUUAGUCUGCUCAGUGCUCUGAGGGACGGGGAACAAGACACUUUUAUACUUCACCAAUGUCUGGGGGACUAGAAGCCGACUUCUCCAAUGAAGAAGGCUUUAUCAGCCGGUUUCCCGUCCACCGUGCUUGUCGGGAUGGAGACGUUGGAGCUUUGGUUUCCCUGUUCCAGCAGCUCUCAGACCCGGCUCCACUGACGGCUGAGGACCCGUGUUACGGAUGGAGCCCCUUACACUGGGCUGCUCACUAUGGCCAGCUUGAGUGUGUGAUGCACCUGGUGCAGCGGGGUUGUGAGGUGAACACAGUGACCAGCCGCUUCCAGCAGACCCCCACACACACUGCAGCGUUCGGAGGACACCCCCACUGUGUGCUGUGGCUGACUCAGGCCGGAGCUGACGUCAACAUGCAGGAUCUCGUAGGUGAGGCUCCCAUCCACAAGGCGGCUCGCUCAGGUAGUGUGGAGUGUAUCCAGGUGCUGCUGGUAGCGGGGGCUAAAGCACAGUUAAGGAAUGCCAGUGGGCAGACAGCAGCAGACCUGGCCCACGCUCACGGCUUCCUCGACUCAUUCUGCUUCCUCUCCAAGACCAAGAAGCUGCUGCAGCUGCACGUGGGGGGGGGGCCGAAUGGAGAAAGCCCCCCCUGUGGUCCGGGCCUGCUCAGCAGGAAGAGGCUGCUAACAGCCGGGGACAGCAGGGACCUGAAGAAAGCCCGGGGGGACAUGCUGGUGCAGAUGGCGGUUGGAGGUGAGGAUCUGGAGAGCGUUACCAUGGAGUCCGUCCCGGAGCUCCUCUCAGCGGCAGAUGAACACCCCCCAGCCCCCAGCAGCCGUCCCCUCCCUCUGCCCCCCGCUGAGCCCACUCAGCACUCCUCCGCAGACAUGUGUGGCUCGCUGCACCUGAGUGGCUCCCCCAGCAGCUGCGUGUCUCACCGGCCGGCCUGGGGGGGGCUGAGGGGGGCCGACUCCAGGGACUUCCUGCACUACGGACACUACCACGGCUUUGGAGACACGGCGGAGGAGCUGAGUGACAGCUCCCAGGAGCUCAGAUACAGGCAGGCAGGUGGGACACCUCCACCCACACUCAUAGAGGGGGGGGGGCUGCUCUUCAAUAAGCUUAACUGGCACACAUGUGAUCACACGGCCAGUCACUACAGACACCAAGCACCCGUUCACCUGCAGUUCCUGUUACUACAUGUCCACUUCCUGUCAACUGCAUCACAUGGUCUUCAACAGCUGGGACAUUUACAUAUUGUAGUUUUGAUAUAGUCAUCAUAGGACAGAUAGCCAGUUGACAUCACACUCAAACAUCCAGGUGUUAAUCCUUUAGGGUUUACUCCUCUCUUAGUGCUGCAGAUAGAUAUAACAAUCUUUCAGAAGUGGAUACAAGCACCAAAAUGUCAUGUCUAUCCCUCUGGGGCCAUUCCAAGAUGGCUGUCAUUUCCAACCGAGGAAACAGUAUUUUACCGCUGGAUCAAUUUAGGUGAUUUUGGUAUUGAAUUACAGUCAAAUGCACUCUUUAGAAACUUCUUCAGAGCUUUUUUGUGUCAUUUUAAAACACAAAAUGUUAAAAUGUAGAGCUUAUUAGAAAGAAUUCAGAUGUAUGUUAGGCUACCCAGUUUUCCAUUGGCAGAUUAUUUAGAUUUGAUAGCUCAGAUAUAAACACAAGCUUCUGAGUGAAUCCUGUCGUCUGAAUUUGGUUUCUACGUGGUGGAAAAUGUAUGAGUUGACACGAGAUCAUUUAAAUAGGGCUAGUGAAAGUGAUUUUGAGCAAAUAAUUACAUUUCCAAGCCCUUGUUGGCGGCCAUCUUGGGUUUUUGAGCGGCUAACAUGUUUUUUUUCCAAAUGUCAAAAGGAGUUUAUGUGCCAAUUUUAGUACUUGUAUCCACUUUUAAAAGCAUUAUCAGCACUAUCAGUGUCCCUGUGCACGGCUAAUACCUGAGGAACAUUCUGGCAGUGUGUCCCUGCUCCAAGCUGCAGUGUUUUCUAGGCACACGCCGUUUCUGUAAAAUGAAGGUGUUAUGGUGCUAACAGAAACAUCCACUGCCCCAGUUUAUUUGAAUAGACCAUGAUGCCUUUGUUUCCAGCUCCUAUAAUGCUGAGAGCUGCUGUAAUGCUCUGCAGUUUUUCUGAAUGAACUGACCUGAAAAAGCUGUUUUAUUCUGUCUCAAAUGUGUCUGCUCCUGCACUACCAAGGGCUUUAAGGGACUAUGUGUUAAUGCGUGGGGGGGGGGGGGUCCUCCAGCAGCAUCACCUGCACUCUACCAAAGGGAAUAUUUAAAAACCAUUUGUUAUUUGUAUUUAGCAGAUGAAUGUCAUUUUAUAGCGCUUGUAGUAUUUGGGAUUAUUGUAACAUCUUUUUGUAAACUGUUUUAUACUUGUACUGGUUUGGCCUCUUUUGCUAUUAAAACACGUUUUGCAGUUUCAUAAAAAAGGUU